CCGGUCAAGAAUGUCGCAUCCUCUGCUUCGCUUUGAGGGAGUGCUGCUGGCACUGAUGUUCAUCUUGUUUCUCGAGCUGUCCGACGGCUGCGAAGAGGAUGAGGAGUUCGAGUGCCCAGAGGAUGGCAGGUGCAUUCCCAUCGAUGGUCUGUGUGACGCCAAACCGGAUUGUCUGUAUGCCAGCGAUGAGUCUUUCACUGUCUGCAAGGUCCAUCUGUCGGACAUGAUGGCGGAUAAGUACCACUGUGCGACGGGGGCAGCCAUUCCGGGCAGAUUGGCCUGCAACGGCAUCGUCGACUGUUCUGAUGGAUCCGAUGAGCUGCCACAGGUGUGUGGCAGUGAUCCGCACAAACUGGAAGAGAGAUUUCGAGGCAACUGCACUGGAUAUAAGGACUUGGAGUGCCUUCCUGGGGAGUGUGUGCCUCAUUCGGCGAAAUGCGACAACGUGAUCGACUGCUCCAACGGACGAGAUGAAUCCCUGGAGAUCUGUAUGCAGACAUGCGAGGAAAACAAGUGUUUCCAGUGCGCCAACGGAGUUUUGCUGGACAGCAAGGACCUUUGUGACAACAAGAUGGACUGCUUGGACGGCUCCGAUGAGUUAUCCAAUGUUUGUGGCAAUGCCAUCAACUGGAAGGAGGUUCCUCCGGCUGCUUGCCACGAGACACUAGCGCACAGGUUCACUAACAAAACUGUCUUUCAAAGGCGCAAAGCACUGCGUUUUGUUUAUGCCAAUCAAGCGGCGGAAGUUCAGUGCUGGAACUCCGACCGGAAGUCCUGGAACGUGUGCAUGAACAAUGGCUCCUGGCACCACGACUUUCCGCCGUGCAUCGGAAAGCCGGUCAACAGAAACCCCGACACAAAUGGCACAAAUGGUUGUCCGAUUAACUGGUACAACAACGAAACUAUGAUCAUCAUCAAUUGGAACGACAAUGGCGAAUCCAUAGCCUUGCCGCCCAUUCGAAAUUCCAGAGUGACCUUUCGAUGCCUAGAGGAUUUGACUUUCUUGCCCUACGAAUUUAAGGAUAAACCUGUCACAUGUCAAGCCAAUAAAACGUGGAUCGAAAUGGACUUUCAUCCCCGAUGUACCAAUCUUUGCAGUCCAGAGCACAUCUCCGAGAUGUAUAGCCUGACACCGAGGUGUUAUAAUGGCGACAAUGGCUCUCCGAUCAACUGCCAGGACAAAUACUCCCUGGUACCGAACACCCAGGUAAAAUUCGAAUGCGCUAGUGGCUUCAUCCACAAGACCUCGGAUCCGAUGAGGGUGAAGUGCACAGAGGAUGGCGAGUGGGAGGGUCUCAGGGAUCUGUGCGAAAAGCAGGAGCGGCACUGCAACUACGAGUGCAACCACCGACUCAACUACUCGGAGGUAUCGAUGAGCAAAGGAGGCGAUGCCACGGAUUCACUGCAAGCCUCCUGGUUAGUUCCGAUUUACAAGAGGAACAGCACGACAACCAGGCACGAAUUCGUGUGUACCGGUAACUUAAUCCGCUUGGAUAUCGUGCUCACGGCAGCCCACUGCCUAGAUGAUAGGAAUUCCAGACCGGAGAACUUCCUAGUGGGCCCCACGGGCAACCGAUCCGCCUCCAUUGAUCCCAAGUACCUACACAGAGUUAGAAAUCUUGAGGUUUACGGCGCCUACAGCAAGAUCAAUCACAUAUACGACGUUGGAAUCGUUGUCUUGGAAAGACGGAUGGAUUUUAAGCAAGAUCAAAGGAUCGUCUGUCUGCCCUACAAUGUGGGUUCUCACUUGGAUCUCAUUGGUGAUGCGAUGGUGAGCUCUUGGAACUCCGAUGGCUACCUGUCUACGGUCUAUGGCCGCUUAAGUGAGCCCAGAAAUGGAGACCUCAACGUCGUCCUGCAUGACGGCUAUACUCUGUGCAAAGGCGACAGUGGCAGUGGAGUUAUCACCACCUGCGGCUUGGACAACCACAAGUGCCUGGUGGCUGUGGUUAGCCGAAAUGUGGGUUCCGGCGACCACGGAACCUUUUGCAGCAACAACGUGACUGCAGCCACUUUAAUAUCGCCCCAUCUGCAGGAUUACAUUCAGCAACUCAUCAGGAAUAACAUCAAUUGUCCGGAAUAGUGUGAAGCCAUUCAAAAAUUCGUUUUCAAAUAACGGUCUAAUAUGGUUUACGAACACGCUAAUAUCUAUCGAAGCUAACAACCUUCUAAUCCCUACAGUAUGCGGCACAACAAUAGAUGUCCUUGAAACAAA